GUUGUCUCGGAGAGCCAGCGGGGGUGGUGGAGUGACAGUGCAGCCUGCCAAUGGGCAGGCCCAAAUAACUUACCCUCCCACCUCUGGCUUCUUCUAUAUGAGCUUGUUUGAGCCUGGUGGAGCUAUGAGGAGUCGAGGCUGUUGCUGGCUACUCGGAGGAGAGGGAGAGCUUAGUGGUCUUUGGUCAGAUGCAUUGCCAUCAUUAAACGUGGGACCAUUUGAGAGCUGUAGGGAAGCUCACUAUCGCCAUGGCCAAGUAUAGACUUGUCUUGUUAAGACAUGGAGAAGGAGCUUGGAAUAAGGAAAAUCGCUUUUGCAGCUGGGUGGAUCAGAAGCUUAACAGUGAUGGAGAGCAGGAAGCCAGAAAUUGCGGCAAGCAACUCAAAGCCCUGCACUUCGAGUUUGAUCUUGUCUUCACCUCUGUCCUUAAUCGAUCUAUCCAUACUGCUUGGCUGAUAUUGGAAGAGCUAGGUCAGGAAUGGGUUCCGCUGGAGAGCUCCUGGCGACUCAAUGAAAGGCACUAUGGGGCCCUCAUAGGCCUUAAUAGGGAGAAAAUGGCAUUGAAUCAUGGAGAAGAACAAGUGAGAAUCUGGAGAAGAAGCUAUAAUGUAACUCCGCCUCCCAUUGAUGAAUCUCAUCCUUACUAUCAUGAGAUCUACAAUGAUCGGCGAUACAAAGUUUGUGAUGUGCCUGUGGAUCAGCUGCCCCGAGCAGAAAGCCUGAAGGAAGUGUUGGACAGGCUUCUUCCUUAUUGGACUGAAAGGAUUGCCCCAGAACUGAGGAGUGGCAAAACUGUUCUCAUCUCAGCUCAUGGCAACAGUAGCAGGGCACUUCUGAAACAUCUGGAAGGCAUCUCGGAUGAUGAUAUUAUCAACAUUACCCUCCCUACCGGUGUCCCCAUACUCCUGGAACUAGACGAGAACCUCCAUGCUAUUGGCCCUCAUCAGUUUCUUGGUGACCAAGAAGCCAUCCAAGCAGCUAUCAAGAAGGUGGAUGAUCAAGGAAAAGUGAAGAAAGCAGGAAAAUAAACUUCUGGCUCUGGGCCGUCUACUGACUGUGUAUAGAAGUUAUGGCAACGUUACGUAGUGUGUUGUGGAUACUAAUCUGUAUUCUUUUUGUGUAUGAAGUUGAAUGAAACCAAAAUUUAGCAUUGAGUGGGCAGGCUCUAGGGUGCUGUGUAUGUACAUUGGGGGUCCUAAACUCUUUUAGCCCAGAUGUGUGUUCAUAUCUGGUUUUAGACCUAAUAGUACAGAUUUGGUCUGCCCAUCAGAUCCCAUUUGAUGAUCCCAAUGCAAACUGGCUAAUGGGUGAGGCCUUGAGCAUUAACAAAGACCUAGCAUAGGGUAGUAGUGGGUGUGAUUUCUAAGUGAGGUUAAGAGGUUCUGAUACAAUAUUUUAUGGGAACUUUGUGCCCCUAUCCAUUUACUUGUGGCAUAAUUCACUUUCCGAUACACUAAGCUCUGUCUGAGAUUGCACUAUGGGGUAUUAGAUAAUGCAUUGCACCUAAGAAUUAUUUAUUUUAGAUUCUAUUCCCCUUCUCCAUAAAGCAAUAGGUGCUCUGAUUUAUUUAAGACCAGUGGCUCAGUGACAAGGAAAAGCCUUUUUUUUUUUUCCCCUCAUAAAACUAUGCCCUCUAGUUUUAGCGUUCAGUCCAAAAGUUUCCUUUGUUUGGUAUUUGGUAAAGUUCCCUCUGGCCACUGGAGUCUUCAGAGCAUAAAUAACUAGAAUAUUUCAUGCUCUGAUUAUUUUCCCCUCCCUUCCCUGGAUUCUUGGGAUCUAGAAGAUUGGGAUAAAAAUGUUUGUCAUCAGAAUAGCUUAGGUUGAAAAAUCACAUAGCAUAUGGGCUUCCCCCCUCUAGCCUAACACCCCAAGUGUAACGCUCAACUAAAAGCAGUUGUUGGUGCCUUUUUGUGAUCUACUCCUUUAGGCUCAACACCCUUCCUGUAACACUGGCAUUGAAAUGGGCUUAGUUCAGUGUCUGGGCGCUACUGAUUUUUCUUUAUAACAAGCUAAAUUUUAAAGGCUGUGGAGGCAAUAUGGUGAAUAUGUUUGCAGUCAAGAGAAAAAUAUAAGUUGUGUCUCAAUUAUGUAACACCAGCAGAAGCUAAGAGAGCUAACUAUUGCAGUACGUAGCCCAGUACAAGGGGCGGGUAGGGGUGGGGUGGGGUGGGGGAGAGGUUCCUUUCCUUCUUCUGUUUCUUCUUCCCCCUCCUUAUCCAUGCUUGUAGGGCCUCAGACAUAAUAUUACUCUCAGCCAGUUUUCUGAAUUUUAUACACUAAGGCAGUGAUUUAGUUACUGAGUACUUUUUGAAAGUUAUUUUUUAAUAGUGAGUUCACUAUUGACCCUCUGAAGUUGACCUUUGAAAUCCAAAGAUACAGCAGUAGUUGUUUCCAGAACAGGUAAUUUACUCAAUGAGGAGAGGCAUCAGCCUUUUCAUAAGAUGUGAACCUUCUGUGUGGGACUUUUGAGGAUAAGCAUUAUCUUAGGACUAGGUUACAUCUGUAGACAUUCUGGAGAUCUACCAGUUUAAAUCACUUUGUAAGCUCUCAAAGAGGCAAUAUUCCAUUACAAGAAAUCUAUGCAUAGAUUUGGUGACGAUUUCGUAAGUAGCAGGGGCAGCUAGGUGGGGCAGUGCUAGAGCACUGAUCCUGAAGUCAGGAGGACCUGAAUUCAAAUAAGGCUUAGACACUUACUAGCUCUGUGACCCUGGGCAAGUCACUUAAUCCCAAUUGCCUCAAAAAAAAAAAAAGAAAAAUAUUUAAUAAGUCACAGCAGCCUUGACAGAAAUCUAUGUAUUUACUCAAUGAUAGCUUUGUGGUGAUUUUUUUUUAAAAGAGUAAUUUUCCAGAAGCAUGAGGUUGAGCAUUCUGACAAACUAGGAUUGUGUGCUUUCUAUAUCUUUGGAGGCCUGGCUUUUAGCUGUAGAAAAGGGAGAUUCUCUCUCCUCUUUGAGAGGCUGGUGUUUUAUGUAAACAUUGAGUUUGCCAAGGGUCCUCAGCAGGAUUAACACCCAUUCCUUUGCUUCUAGGGGACCUGUAAGGGGAAUUUCCUAUAGGUGACUGAGCUCACACUCUAACUUUUUUGUAUGUGUGUGUGCAAAAUACAUACCUAUAAACUUUCAAUAUUAGGUCUGACCACUUAUUACAGGAGUUCAAUCAGAAUACUGGGGGAAGUUUUUUUCCCCCCGUGUUUUAUCUUCCAUGUCUUUCUUUGGGUCUUAAAAACUUCUUCAUUUAGCUUGAGCAUAGGAGGUGGCUUUGGAGCCUUUAAGUUAUCCACGUAGGUUCCUAACUGAAACAUGAACCCUGUGAAUGAUGGGAGGGGAGCCCAUAUGAAUCCCUCCCUUAAAAAACCCAAAAAACAAAAACCUUUUUUUCCUUACAGGAAGAGAAACUUUUGUAGAACAAGGAAUCUGUCCCAUUUUCAAAGGAAUAGUUUUCAGCCUCUACUCUGUUUUGCCUUACCAAAGGGUCACGCCAAUUUUGGGGAAAUCAACAUAAAAAAAUCUACUUAUUGGGCAAUGUGAACUUAGUUAUAUAAAAAAGGUUUGUACAACUGUGCAGGAAUCAGCCAAAUUAGAAAGAGCAAAAUCCUUUAUUUAGAUCCCAUUGCUAAACUUGAGGCUUCAAGAAAUUAAGAAUUUUUCCUUGUCCCUCAAUCUUUUCUAGUUGUGUCUCUCUCUAGCCCCUUUAAUGUCUUUGAUAGUUUGGCAGAGGGAGCUGCCAGAGAAAUGAGUAGGUUGAUUGCUUAGGGUUGGGGAGGUGGGGGGAGGAUGGGGAAGCAUCUUGAUAUGCAGUAGACUCACUAGCCUCAACAGCAUUUUGAAUACCUUGCUAUACUUAUAAGGAUUUAUUCUAACCAUUCUUUUAAAACAUGUGGGUGAGAAAUGAAAGAUUUUUUGAGGAUAGAAGUGGAAUGAUCAUUUUCCCCCCUUCCUUCCCUCCACCUCUACUCUAGAAGCUUCCUCAGUUUACUCUAGAGUGGCCGAUAAAGUACCUUAGUUGUUCAUGUGAGAUAUGAGAGUAGGGGCAGUUGUGUUCAGUGUUGUUUGAUAAUGUUACUUUUGCCUAUCAUUAAAAGCAAAUUCAUUUUC